AUGGAGGACUUCAUUGACUUAACUAGAGAAACCAGACCAAGGGCAAAGGAUCGCAGUGGACUCUGUGUGAUUGACCUGACAAGAACUGAGGAAGAAAAUAGACCUAUUGCCACUCUUGACUUGACUCUAGAACCUGUUGCUCCUUCCCAGAAAGAGCCAACCAGUCUUCAGACAUGUGCCAGUCUCUCCAGCAAAGAGGUGAUGGAAGGGCGGGCCGACAGAAGCUCUUGGCCUGCAGCACGGAGAAUCAUUAACAGCGAUCCUGUGGAUUUGGACCUUUUGGAAGAAACCACAUUUGAAGGUCCGCAACCCCCUACAUCCAUCAGCGGGGACUCUGUUUAUCCAGCAGAGCCAAAUUGUAGCUCAACUACAUUCAAAGGUGACCUUGGCUUCUUGGCAAGCCUACAACUAUCUUCUGAUAUUCACUCCCUCUCCCCAACAAGCAAUAAUGGUAGCAGCAGCAAUCAGAGGGCACCCUUGCCAUGCCCACAGCAAGAUGUGCCUUGCCCACCACAAGCCUUGCCAUGCCCACUGCGAACCUUGCCAUGCCCACUGCGAGCCUCACCAUGUCCACCACGAGCCUCCUCAUGCCCACCACGAGCCUUGUCAUGCCCAUCACAAACCGUGCAGUGCCAAGCACAAGCUUUACCUCACCUGCCUCAAGAAGUUCCAUACCCUCCUCAAGAUAUGCCAUGCCCUCAGCAGAAUGUGCCAAGCCCUCCACCAGAUUCAUCAGGGCAACCUCAGCUCUCACCCAGCCCACCUCAAGACUCACUGUGCCCACCUCAAGACUCUCUGGGCCUAUGUCAAGAUGUACCAGGCCCACCUCAAAACAUAUCCUAUCCACAGGAUGUGGCACACUUACAAGAUAUGCUACAGUCAUCAGGAGAUGUGCCACAGUCACCAAGACACAUGCCCCAGUCACCAGCAGACAUGCCACAGUCACCAGGAAAUGCACCACAGUCACCGGAAAGUGUGCCACAUUCCCCUGGAGAAGUCCCAGACUUCCCAGGAGAUGGGCUCCAUUCACCUGGAGCCAUGCCAUGCUUGCCAGGAGACAUGACACACUCACUUGGAGACUUGCCUCACUUACCACGAGACAGGCCUUACUCCCUCCAAAAUGAUACACAGAACCAUGACACUCCUAUGGAAGUCUCAGCUCCAUCCUCGCCAAGGUUCUCUCCCAGCCCACAGUCUCCACAGUCUGAAACUUCCUUAGAGAAAGUUCCUUGGCUUUCUGUCACAGAAACUCCAGCCAGAAAAGAGAGAUCACUGUCAGAGCCUGCUAACCCCGGGUCUGCCCAGGUACAAGCACAAACACCACAAGGUGGGUUAUACAACAGACCAUGCCUGCAUAGACUGAAGUACUUCUUACGACCUCCAGUGCAUCACCUCUUCUUCCAGACGCUAAUACCAGAUAAAGACACAAGAGAGAGUAAGGGUCAAAAAUUAGAACCCAUUCCUCAUCGAAGACUAAGAAUGGUAACAAACACCAUUGAAGAAAAUUUUCCCCUGGGGACUGUGCAGUUUUUGAUGGACUUUGUGUCACCCCAGCAUUACCCACCCAGAGAAAUUGUGGGUCACAUCAUCCAGAAAAUCCUGCUCAGUGGCUCUGAGACCGUGGAUGUCCUGAAGGAGGCCUAUAUGCUUCUCAUGAAAAUUCAACAGCUACAUCCAGCUAAUGCCAAGACAGUGGAGUGGGACUGGAAGCUGCUCACUUAUGUCAUGGAGGAAGAGGGACAGAAUCUGCCUGGGCGAGUCCUUUUUGUGCGUUAUGUGGUACAGACCCUGGAAGAUGACUUCCAGCAGAUCCUGAGGAGGCAGCGACAGCACCUGCAGCAGUCCAUCGCAAGCACCGUGCUGUCCUGCGACAAGCAGCCCCACAAUGUCAGGGAUGUCAUCAAGUGGUUGGUCAAAGUAGUAACUGAAGACGGAUUAACUCAGCCCCCAAAUGGGAAUCAAACCUCUUCAGGAACAGGAAUCUUGAAGGCCAGCAGUAGCCAUCCUUCUCCCCAGCCCAACCUGACAAAGAACACCAGUCAGCUGAUUGUAUGUCAGCUGCAAAGGAUGCUGUCCAUAGCCGUAGAAGUAGACAGGACCCCCACGUGCAGCUCCAAUAAAAUUGCCGAGAUGAUGUUUGGGUUUGUGCUGGACAUUCCUGAGAGGAGUCAGAGGGAGAUGUUCUUUACUACCAUGGAAAGCCACCUUUUGCGCUGCAAAGUGUUAGAAAUCAUAUUCCUCCACAGCUGCGAGACGCCCACCCGCCUGCCCUUGUCUCUGGCCCAGGCCCUCUACUUUCUGAACAAUUCCACAUCACUGCUCAAGUGUCAGUCGGAUAAAACCCAGUGGCAGAUGUGGGACGAACUGGUUGAGCACCUGCAGUUCCUGUUAUCCAGUUAUCAGCACGUGCUGAGAGAGCACUUACGGAGCUCAGUGAUUGACCGGAAAGACUUAAUCAUCCAAAGGAUUAAGCCCAAGCCCCAGCACGGGGACGACAUCACUGCAGUGGACGUGGAGAGGCAGAUCGAGGCCUUCCGCAGGCGCCUGACCCAGAUGCUGGGGGAGCCGCUGGCGCCCCAGCUCCAAGACAAGGUGCACUUGUUGAAGCUCCUGCUCUUCUAUGCCGCGGACUUGAACCCCGACGCCGAGCCUUCUCCCGAGAACCGGAGCGGCCCCUGAGGUCCUUGCAAGCACUGAACACCACGAGUACCUCCUGAACUCUGUCUCCAGCUACUUGGAAGUGCUGAAAGUAUCUGAAGUAGUUAAAAAUCGUACAGGACCAAACCUACCUUAUUGAUCUGUAGGUUAUAAUGACUUUCUAACUCUUUAGUAAAUAUCUCUUUUUGAUAUUCUAUCCUAGCCUGUUCUCCAAUAUGGCUUAAAUAUACAAGGUGUAUAUAUUUUUUAAUAAAUUAUUUAUCUAUACUUUUUUUGGAACAGGUAAUACUAUAUGCACUAUAUGUUUAACAUUUCCAUUCAAUAUGUGAAAAAAGAAGCCCUCUGCUGAACAAAUCUGGACAUCAGUGUAUGUCAUUCAAGGUACUGACAACCUGUUUCAGAAGAGAAAGAUAUACUCAUUUCUCCCUGAUGGAACACAAACACCCUAUAUUACAGCUGUUAUAUUGCCCAUGAAUUGGACUUUGUGGCCAGUCUGUUAAGAUCUACUGUAAUGGGGGUGGGGGGUAGAAACAAAAGGAUUGAGUGUUACAAAUAAUUUGAUGUUAAAAGGAUACAAUAAAAAGGCAAUGGAUUUUCAAAAUACCAAGUUUACCAUGUUUAGGUUCUAUGACCGUGAGUAGGCAGAAUGUAAGAACCAAAAAAAAAAAAAAAAAAAGCUAUCCACAUUUGAGAAAGCAGUUUAAGAAGUUUGUUUAUUGUCAAAACAAAUAAGAGAUACGAGCAUAACAGAAGACACAAAUAAAUUAAUUAUUGUGAUCAUCGUAGACUCCAGGGCUUCUCUAUGGAAAGGUCAGCUCAGCUCCUAGUGUAGACAUGAAUAGUAUCCAGAACAAAACCAGUGGGAAUUCGAGACAGUGUUUAAGACGAUGACUGAACACAUACAUGGUGAGGAGAAAUAAAGUGGCUCCCUUAGUUCCUUUCCUCAGUAACGUAUAUAUUUAUAAAAGUAUGCAGCUCUUUCUGGGGGACAACCAUUUCAUAUAGAAAAAUUUAAAAUUUUUCCACUUCCCAGAAAAAGAAAAAAAAGUUUUAUGCCUGGCCUGAACAAGAAAAUCAAAAUAGGAAAAAAAAAAAA